UGCCACUAGCGGAAAAUAUGAAAGAAAAAAACAAUAUUCGCUAAAUCUCGCAACUGUAGUCAUAUUCUGGAACUAACAAUGCCGUUUCAUUUCUGAAACCCGUUGUUUUUUUUAAUUAUCACCAUAUUAUGUGACUUCAAAUAUUUAUGGGGAUAUUUUGGCAUUUAUGUGUGAUACGUCGGUAUCGAUAAAUAUGUAUUUAUUACCUUUUUUUUUGCAAGAUUUGAUUUAUGUUUGUGUAUAUAGAAAACGGAGAAGACAUACAAGUAUUGCGGUACGAACCUGGACAGAAAUAUGACCCUCAUUACGACUAUUUCACGGAUAAGGUUAAUGUAGUUCGUGGUGGACAUCGGAUAGCCACUGUCCUAAUGUAUCUUACAGAUGUCAAAAAAGGAGGGGAAACUGUGUUCCCUAAGGCAGAGGAGUCGUCUCGUCGUAAGUCUGUUUCAGCAGAGAAAGAUUUGUCGGAGUGUGGAAAACAAGGUCCUGCAGUGAAGCCACGAAAAGGAGACGCACUUCUAUUCUACAGUCUUCAUCCAGACGCAGUCCCGGAUACAUUGAGCUUGCACGCGGGUUGCCCCGUGGAUGAAGGUGAAAAAUGGUCCGCUACAAAGUGGAUCCACGUGGAUUCAUUCGAUAAAGUUAUUGGAGGAGGCGGUGGUGAAAGUUGCUCGGAUAUCGAAGAACACAAUUGCGAAAGAUGGGCUUCGCUCGGAGAAUGCACGAAGAAUCCGGAGUAUAUGAUUGGUUCUUCGGAUCUUCCAGGUUACUGCAGAAAGAGUUGCAAGGUAUGUUGAAACACUUAUUACACUUUUGUUGAAUCAUUAGUUUCUCUUGGAUAAUUUUUUUAUUUUUAUUUUUCCACAUUGUGAUUUUGUUGUUGUAUUAUUGUUCUUACUUACAAAAUUUUGUAAUCCUGGUAAAUUAUUGGUGUCUAAUGUAUCCUUUUUCUUUGACAAAACCA